GCCUCAUUGUGCAGCCGAGGGAAACAUCGGCAGCUUCCGACGACGUCGCUGUGAAAUGGCAGAAAGUGCUGGUGUCACGGAAGCGCAGAGAUUAGGUUACGUGUGAGCCACACAUGCAGAUCUGCGGGUGAUCCCGGCCUGUGAGUGCGAGGGUAAAGGGACUACAUCCGGAGCAGGAGAGGGAUUACUCGGCUGCUUCUACAGACUAACAAGCGGGUGGAAGACAGACGCGGCCCGGGUUGUGUCUCCAGCAGCGGACUGACGGCGGCUCGAUACUGCUGGAAUCCACCGGACAGAGGUCGUGAGAGGAGAGCUCCACUUGGAUGCCUAGUCAGUGUUUCUGCAAGGCUUCACCAUGAACCGGAAUAAGCGUGAAAAGGAGUACUACAGUAUAGAUGUUGGCGAUUCAACAUUUAUGGUUUUAAAGCGCUACCAGAACCUCAGACCCAUCGGAUCUGGAGCCCAGGGAAUCGUCUGCUCGGCGUACGAUCACAACUUUGAGAGGAACGUCGCAAUUAAGAAGCUGAGUCGGCCCUUUCAGAAUCAGACCCAUGCCAAACGGGCCUACAGAGAACUGGUGCUCAUGAAAUGUGUCAACCACAAGAACAUUAUCGGCCUAUUAAACGUUUUCACACCACAGAAGACACUGGAAGAAUUCCAAGAUGUGUAUAUUGUGAUGGAGCUGAUGGACGCCAACCUCUGCCAGGUGAUCCAGAUGGAGCUGGACCACGAGAGGCUGUCCUACCUGCUCUACCAGAUGCUGUGUGGAAUCAAGCACCUACAUGCCGCAGGCAUCAUUCACAGGGACUUGAAGCCCAGUAACAUUGUGGUGAAGUCUGACUGUACUCUCAAGAUCCUGGAUUUUGGCCUGGCCAGAACGGCCGCCACAGGCCUCCUCAUGACGCCCUACGUGGUCACCCGCUACUACCGUGCUCCUGAGGUCAUCCUGGGCAUGGGCUACCAGGCCAAUGUUGAUGUCUGGUCUGUUGGAUGCAUCAUGGCUGAAAUGGUCCGGGGUAGUGUGUUGUUUCCUGGCACUGAUCAUAUCGACCAGUGGAACAAGGUCAUCGAGCAGCUGGGGACGCCAGCUCAGGAGUUCUUGUUGAAGCUCAACCAGUCUGUGAGGACGUAUGUGGAGAACCGGCCACGGUACACCGGCUACAGCUUCGAGAAGCUCUUCCCCGACGUCCUGUUCCCUGCAGACUCUGAACACAACAAACUCAAAGCGAGCCAAGCCCGAGAUCUAUUAGCCAAGAUGCUGGUAAUUGAUGCGUCCAAACGGAUCUCAGUGGACGAGGCUCUCAAGCACCCCUACAUCAAUGUGUGGUACGACCCGACUGAAGUGGAGGCGCCACCACCAGCGAUCACAGACAAGCAGCUGGAUGAACGAGAGCACACAGUGGAGGAGUGGAAAGAUUUGAUAUACAAAGAGGUGUUCGACUGUGAGGAGAGGACAAAGAACGGCAUCAUCAGGGGACAGCCAGCGUCCAUAGCACAGGUGAAACAGUGAGCAGCAGCCCCAAGCCUUCCUCCUCGUAGACACACCCCCCUCCUCCAUGUCCACCCACCUGACCCUAACCGAUGCUGACGGCAGCCUGGAGAUUGGCCCGCACCGCCACCGUCGUCGCCACCGCUGCUGCUAUGACCACCGGCCUCCUGGGCUGCUGCAGAUGACUAUCGUCUCCUCCUGCCCCUGGUCCCGGCCUGGGCCACGCCCCCCUGGUCUCCUCUGACCGCUCAGCCUGACGCAGGCUUGAGGCCCCGCCCCCUUCACCUGAGUCCUCCCACCUCCUCUCUGUGCUCGUCUCCAGUAGUGUAGUGAUUAGCCAGCUAGCUGUUUGAGAAAUAUAUCUGAAAGGACAGAUCAUUUUUCUUUUAUUUUUAUGAGUUAUAGUCCUUUAUUUUUAAAUUAGGAUCUUUUUUUUUGUUUGUCCUAGCUGUAAUUUAUUGUGGCAUUUCUUAAUUUUUCAGAAACCUAAGAUGAUGAUAAGAGAAUUUUUAUGAUUUUACUACGUUCCGGUUUGUAUUAACCGACAGUGAGAGUUUAAAGAAAUAUCUGUAAACUGUUUAAUGUGAUUUAUUUUUUUGUUGAAAGUCGUUUUCUUCACUUGCUUUUACAACAUGCCAUAUAAAUGUAGACAGAGUUUGUACAGAAUUUAUGGUAGAUGUAGUUGUAUCUAUGAGUUUGCAGUGAGCCAUUGAGACAUCAUUUUAUUGACAAAUGUACGGUCUAAGUACUCCCCUGACCUUAUGUCGCGUCAUAUGGAAAUUGUUUUAAAUGCAUAUGACGUAUGCUUUUAUUUGAGUAACUGAGGUCACUUGGAUUUAUUUGUAAAACUAUUUCUUCUUGUGAGUCACUACUACAGCCUACAUUGUAAAUUUCAACUAAACGAAAUCUUCUUAAUUUUGUUCCUUCUUCACUACUUGAUUAGUCCAAAUUUGAAAAAUCUGGAGAUAUUCUUUCAGCAAGUGAUCACACUUGAGCUAUGGGAUCGAUGAUGGCAAGCUACUUUGGAAGAUUUUGACAACUGUGUUGCGAGUUUUUAAGUGCUUUAAAGUACCUCCUUUCUUGUCUGCAACAGGCAGUGGGAUGUUAUGGAAGUGUAGUGGUGGUGUUGCUUUGGAGAACUGGCUGCACGGAGCUGCCUCACGUUCUCCUCCGGCUUGCUUUGGCAGUGAGGGAUUUUGGAAUGUUUUAUUUUUUUGUCGUGCUUCGGGAGGUUUGUUUGAGAGGUUUGAGUUGUGCGUUGGAUUUCAAAUCGGUGACGGUGUUGAGUAGAAUGUGCUUCAGUCAAGUAGGGAAUUGUGAUAUUGAGAACGCGUGUGAACAUGUGGGUAUUAAGUGUCUCGGCGGAAUUAGCGAUUAUGCAGCCUGGUGGUGUGAAAAGAUGUCUGCUUCCUACUACCACAUCCUGUUAUUAGUAAUGUACUUUUGUGAAUUUGAAAAAUCAAAAAGUGAUCCUUUUUGUUUUUUCUUCCAGAAAUUGGCCAAACACUUAGCUUACCAGACUUGCCUGCAAUUGUGAAUUAAAGAACCUAAAACUUUGCAUGUUAAAUCAGCAGGACAAACGAGCCGAGUAGAAGGAAACGUUAUUCUUACUGUAUGCAAUAAUAGUGCCCUUGUUAAGUGUUUUUGAUUUGUUUUGAAAGGAAAAGUGCCUGUUUGUCAUUCAUUCCUGAGUAGGUGGGAGGAAGUGUUUCAUCACGUGUAGGUUUUAAUGGCAUUUGGAUAAUAACAGGAGUAGUAGUGUCCAUAUCAAACCAAUAAUGGAUGAUGGGGUUGUAGUUCUCACAAAUGUAUUGUAUAUUUUUCUACUUGUUUUGCUUUUGACCCUUGGGCAGGGAAACUGUUGUCUCGCAGGGUAAAGAAAGUGGCGAUGUAUGCGGCGGGAUGCUUAAGCAUGUGUUUGAUUCAUUUCAGAAGAAAGGGCAGUUUUAUCAAGGUCUUUCAUCAAAGUAAUAAAAAUAACAAUUUCCUCGCAGGGACAGCAACUGAAAUUCAUUUUAAUUGUACUUUUUCGGCUCCUUUUGAUGACUAAUUAAAUGUGGUGAUUGUAAAAGAGAAAACGAACCGAAAAGUUCAGAUUUGACGUUUAACUACUGCAGCAAAUGAAAAUGAGAGAAUUCUUAUCUAUUGUCAGUAUUUUGUGGAUGUUUAUCGUUAAAGGAGAGAUUUAUAUUCUCUCCUUUGAAGAUCGUGAUCGUUUUGGUCAUAAAUGAGUAAAUCAAAGGAGUUGACGAUAUUUAGUAAUUCGCUCUGUGCGCCAUCUAUCGAGACGUUACGUAGCCGUUCCGCCUGCUCAAAAUGUUUGCGCAUUUGUCACGGAUCGUGAGCUUGUGUGAUGGAUUUUUGACAGAAGAGGCAUAAGAGUCACUAUGCUAAGAUUAUCUUAACAUGUAACACAGAGUACAUCCGUCUAGAACCUGUCUUGGUCCCUGACAUGGACAUGUACCCACUGAACUCUAAGUUAACUAUGGGUUUUCUGUAGCUUUGUGCUGUGCUCAGCGUUGAUGACUUGUUAUUUCAUGACGGCUGUCGGGCUUAACACAGACGUAACCAUUCACAUACAUCUGGACUUGCACCAGCUUUUUGGGAAUCCGUUACCAAAUGGGAGAAUGCUUUAUUUCUUGUAAUUUACUAAAUCGGGUUGCACCUCUUAAAACUGGCGCCAAAAGUACUUUGUCACACUGUAGCAAAAUCAGUGGAAACAUUACAAAGCUUAACUCAUUCUAACAUAAUUAAUGUAAUAACAUUGUUAUUACCUAAUAAUUAUAAACAUCCUGGCAUUUAUAGUAGCUACAACAGUUAAUCCUUACUUUAUUGGCAAGCUUAUGUUAUAUUUAAUAGUUACUGUAGCUACACAAUAGUUCAUAUUUAAUUAUUAGCCAACUAUUGUUAGCUUUAAAAGCAGUUACUGGGUGUAAAUAUUUAAUAAAAACUACAUGAGAGCUAGUUUUUGUGGUGCAACCCAUUUUAAUUCUUCACUGCAUCUCGACUUUCUUAACACUAUAUAUUAUAUAACUCCGAUAAUUUUAAACUUACAAAGAGCUGGUGCAACGGCUCCUUCUUUCUUUUCAGUGACCAGAACUGAAAACAAAUCACAUCAUCAACGGUCCGUUAGCUAAGUUAGCAUUAGCACAGCACAAUGCUUCAUUUAUUCCAGACUACAACAGCAAAAAAUGUCAAAUUGUUAAUGCGCUGCAGGAAUCUUGACAGACGAGGAGUAAAACCUAGGACAGGGUCACAUCCUUACGAAAGGCAGCAAUAGCAGGGAUAAAAUUUACGUAUCCGUUUGUCUUAUUAGCACAUUUGUCAAAUUUGUGAAAAAUAAUCAUCAGAAAAAAACACUUUGUUGUCUAAAGUGCUCUUAAUUUUCUACCCCAACAUUAGGAGCUUUUUGCUUUUUUUUUUUUUUUUUCAUCCUCUUCUUAGGUCGUUGUUGCUUUUUGAUAUGAUUACUGCAUCUCUCCAAACAAUGUCAUUCUGAUUUAAGUCGGCUUUGAUGAACUACCUCACACUGAAUUUCUGCCAGUUCUUGCAUAUAUUUAGUCGCCUGCAGAAUUAGCUAUCGAAGACGUGUGAAUAACAGAUUCCAUUAUUUAUUUAUUUGAAAGUGUACUAUUUGUCGGUUUCAGCAGACUUCUAGUUUUGUACAUUAUGUAUACUUCACCUAGAAGUAAGAGAAUUGUUAUAUGUUUUUUUUUUUCUUUUCCUUUUUUCUUUUCUUUUGUUUUUAAACUAAAUGUGCAAUACCUUCAGCAAACUGUGCUAGUAGUAUGUGAUGGGCCUAGCCUUUGUUAGCUGUCUCCUGAAGGUAAAGAAAAUGUUUGGUACUGUCAAUCCAUGUUUUUCCUUUUUUUUAUGAAUAAGAUCAAUUUUUAUUUCUGUGACUUGUUUAUAGUCAUACUAUUAUGUAAUCAGUCUUACCCACCGAACAAAUCUGUAAACCAGGGUUUGAUUUAGGGACAGAGGGUUCUUUGAGUCAGAACAUGGCAGACAGAUUCAUUUUAUGGGAUGUGGUAAGGACAAUAAUGUUAGUGAACACAAAAAAAAAAAAAGAUGCGUAAAAUACCUACAAUAAAUCAUUAAAUGUGUGGUGCUGGUUUGUAAUGUUUGCUAGUGAAUCCAGCCAUGCAAGUAGUUUUAAGAAUUCCUGGAUCUGCGCGUCCCCAAAAACCGCAGCCAACGAAGAAGUGCACUACUAGAAUACACGCACUGGGAUCUGAUGAUGCCACAUCUUUAAAAAAUAUUACAAAAUAAAAAAACAUAUACUGCAAAUAAAAAAAAAAAUACACUUUGA